AAGUAAUGAAGCUGACAUGUUUAUAUGUACUUGAGAGAAGUGUUGUGAGAUUGUACAAAUGUAUAUGUACACUUUAAAAAGUAAUAUAACAUAGAAAAAAUAAGAGAAAAAUAUAAAGAAAAAGAGAGAGAGAGAGAGAGGCUCAUAUAUAUAGAAUUGCUUGCAAGGAAAGAGGGAGAGAGAGAGAAGGAGAGAUCUUUUGGGAGAGGAGAAAAAAUGGGAAGAGGGAGAGUAGAAUUGAAGAGGAUAGAGAACAAGAUCAAUAGGCAAGUGACGUUUGCAAAGAGAAGGAAUGGUCUUUUGAAGAAAGCAUACGAGCUUUCAGUUCUAUGUGAUGCAGAAGUUGCUCUCAUCAUCUUCUCAAAUAGAGGAAAGCUGUACGAGUUUUGCAGUAGUUCGAGCAUGCUUCGGACACUGGAGAGGUACCAAAAGUGUAACUAUGGAGCACCAGAACCCAAUGUGCCUUCAAGAGAGGCCUUAGCAGUUGAACUUAGUAGCCAGCAGGAGUAUCUCAAGCUUAAGGACCGUUACGACGCCUUACAGAGAACCCAAAGGAAUCUACUGGGAGAAGAUCUUGGGCCUCUAAGUACAAAGGAGCUUGAGUCACUUGAGAGACAGCUUGAUUCUUCCUUGAAGCAGAUCAGAGCUCUCCGGACACAGUUUAUGCUCGACCAGCUCAACGAUCUUCAGAGUAAGGAACGCAUGCUGACUGAGACAAAUAAAACUCUAAGACUAAGGUUAGCUGAUGGGUAUCAGAUGCCACUCCAGCUGAACCCUAACCAAGAAGAGGUUGAUCACUACGGUCGUCAUCAUCAACACUCCCAAGCUUUCUUCCAGCCUUUGGAGUGUGAACCCAUUCUUCAGAUCGGGUAUCAGGGGCAGCAAGAUGGAAUGGGAGCAGGACCAAGUCUGAAUAAUUACAUGUUGGGUUGGUUACCUUAUGACACCAACUCUAUUUGAAUCUUUCUUACUUAAUUAAUCUCUCCUUUUUUUUGACAUUUUUAAGAUGAUGUUUCUAUUUUAUUACCUCUCUCAUGUUUUCUGUCUUGUGUGCAUGUGUGUGUAAUGUUUAUGCCCUAUCUAUAAUUCAAUAAUUUUUUCAACAA